AUGGCAAACGUCCGGGAGCAGGUCGUGGCCCCGGACAGUAGCGCUUCCUUCCCGGACUUUUAUGAGUCCCGGACAAUCUCAUCUCAGGUGGACGACGUAGCAGUCUCCAGGGUGCCAGAGUGGGGCGGCGUCCAUGUGUCCGUGCUUCACCCCACCAGCGGCGUUCUCCUGGCCGCGCGCUCCGUCCCCACCGCCAACCCCGCCGAGGCCCGCGUUCUCUCUGCCUUCCUCGAGUCCCUUCAGCCAGGCCGCAUCCUCGUCCUCGUGAUCCUUGGACAUGGCGGGCUCUACCUCCACCCUGCUGAAGAGACCCUAAGAAAACUAGGCUUCGUGGCGGUGGUGGAGGCGGUGGGCGUGGGCGAGGCGUGGGUCGGGGUUACGGAUGGACGGCACGCGCGGGAGGUGGUGGUGCCUGCUCCCCCAGCAUCCGCCGCCUCCUACGAGCUCCUGACGCGACCACGGCGGGACAGGACGGUAGUGGCUCUGACAGUGGUGUUCCGAGCAAGGCCUGCCACGUGGUGUUCCUGGCACAGACGUCCUGAGAUGCGCGCCCAGCGAGACUUCUGCAACACCUACGAAGGGUUCCAGGAGUUGUGUCGCUGCCAGAACCCCGUCACGCCUGCCUUGGCCCGCGCGGCAUCGCCCCGCGUUCCUUUCAAGGAGAGCAUACCUGUUGUGAUGUCAACGUCGCAACACCCUUACCACCUUUACCGGACCCUUCUACAGCUGAUCCAGAUGCCGGGCGGGGGACAGACGGCCUUCCUGGUGGUGCUGGACGGGGACAGUCCCGCCACUAUGGACCUGACGACCCUCUUCGGCGUUCAUUGCAGUCAGAUCCACCCGCGUCGCCGCCACCAGGAACACAACAACAACAACAACAACAGGAAUAGUCACUCCAUCAAUACAAACAAUAGUAAAAAAAAUGAAACAGAAGAUGAAAAAGAGGAAAACGAAAGGGAAAAUCAGGCCCAUCAACAACAACAACAACAACAACAACAACAACAACAACAACAGUCCCUCGACCUCCACCUGCUGGCCACGACUCAGGUGAUCGCCGAGGUGACCCGCCAUGCCCUCACCUUCGCCUUCUCCACCUUCCCCGAGGCCAAGAAGGUGAUCUUUCUCGAGGACGACGUGUUGGUCAGCCCCGACUUCCUGUGGUUCUUCCAGCAGACAGCCACGCUCCUGGAUCAAGACCCCUCCGUGCUGGCCGUCUCUGCCCACCACACCUUCUCCGUGGCGGGGCAGGGCCUGGACCCCACUCGCCUCCUGAGGGGUGCCAUGCCUCCACAGUGGGGCUGGAUGGCUGACCGAAGAAUCCUUGACGCGUGGGUGCCGGAGAACUGGGGGGACUGGGACUACUGGGUGCUGGCGUUGUGCCGCUCCAGGGGCCUCGACGUGGUCUUCCCUGAGCUGUCUCGUUCCCUCCACGCCGGCAGCGGAGGGACGCAUAUCGACGGCUUCCAUCAGGCCAUCUCCUUCGACCGACAGGCUGCCCUCCUCCCGUCACUACCCGGCCGGAGAAGUAAAACAUCCUCCUCUGCAACAUCCUCUGCUCCCUUGUUUCUCGUGGCAACUGAAGAUGUUGCUCCUCGUAGUGGUGACUCCUCAUCCACCACCAGCAGCCUGAGAAGCGUCCAUCGUUCAUCUUCAAAGCCUACCAAGAAGUCUUCCCGAUCUCACCAUCCUGCGCGCCCUGCCAAAAGCUCUCCUGAAGCCAGUCGUAACAAAUUUAACCUGACCACCCUUAAAAGACAUGUAAAUAGUUCCUACACGCUUUCUUCUUCUACUACUACUACUACUACUACUACUACUACUACUACUGUUGAUGAUGAUGCUGGCUCGCGAUUCGCUGCGCCGCCUGUCCUUGUCAACCUUACCGAUGUCAGUGGGUACGUAUGUUGUUGUUGUUAUUGUUAUUGGAUCUAAUUUUGCAUCAUGAUUAGAUUUUGUUUUGUUGCCUCUUUCGAGCGUUUAUAUUUAUUUUCAUUUUUUUUACUCGUUCAUGUUUCCAUCAAUUUCAUCUUCAUCAUCAUCACAAUUAGCGUCAUCCUCCUCUCAUCAUCAUCAUCAUUCUCAUCACCUUCACCUUUUUUUCUACCUCUUCUGCGUCUUCUUUUAUUUUCACACUUAUUUCUAUCAUUU